GUAUAAUGUGUGGAAUCAAGUAUAUAAUUUGUAUUUAUUAUCUUAUAUGUAUUCACAAUGUAGUUAGAUAUCACAAAAACAAUAUAGAUAAGAGUUUGAUUAAGAAGAUAACCUGGUAACAUCUUAACAAUGCUAUUCUUUGAUUUUAUAAAGUGUAAAUCAUAACGACAUAGUUUGUUAAAGUUUGAGUAAAAUAACUAAUAUUUAAUGUAAUAUAUUGUUCUUAAUUAAAAGCAUGAAUACGUUUGUGGUUACGUAACAUAUUGAGUGGGGGUACAAACCCGACCAGAUCCAACGCAGCUUUAGUUCAUACUGGUCUGUCACUUCUGAGUUCAAGGGCAGAAUUACUGAAAGUGAAACUGUAUCUGUAUUAGUUUCGAUUUAUCAGUACUGAGCUCGUGUCAGUAUUUUAGUAUCGGAUUUCAGAUAAGUAAUGGGUAUUAAAGACCAUCAGGGGACUUUGGUUUUCUUCGUCAACGGGAAAAAGGUUGUUGAUGACCAGGUAGAUCCAGAAUGGACACUGUUGUAUUAUCUCAGAUCCAAAUUACGCCUGACUGGUACAAAAUUAGGUUGUGCCGAAGGAGGAUGUGGAGCUUGCACGGUAAUGAUAUCAAAAAAGGAUCGAAAAAAAAAUGAGACUAUUCAUUUGGCUGUUAACGCGUGCCUCACACCAGUUUGUGCCGUCCACGGCGCUGCAGUCACCACCGUCGAAGGUAUAGGAAGCGUCGAGACCAAACUGCAUCCAGUGCAGGAGAGGAUAGCCAAAGCCCACGGUUCGCAAUGCGGGUUCUGUACUCCAGGUAUCGUCAUGUCCAUGUACAGUCUUCUCAGGUCUCUACCAGGCAAGCCUAACAUGAAGGAUUUAGAAGUAGCCUUUCAAGGAAACCUAUGCCGUUGUACUGGAUAUAGGCCUAUAAUUGAAGGAUACAAGACUUUUACGGAAGAAUAUGAACAGAUGCAACGUGCUGCCGUCAAUGGGACCUGUGGAUUAGGAGAGAAUUGCUGCAAAAAUAAGAAAUUAUUAACAAAUGGAAGCUGUUCGAAUGGAACUAAAUCAGAAAUUGCAAAUGGAAGCGAUGGUCCUAUGAAGCUGUUUGAUUCUUCUUCUUUUAUACCUUAUGAUCCUACACAAGAGCCUAUAUUUCCUCCAGAGCUAGCUGUAAGUGAUGAAUUAGACAGACAGUUUAUCAACAUUAAAGGGCCCAAAGUCACUUGGUACAGACCUGUUACUUUGGAACAACUUCUUGAUUUGAAAAAAUCAUUUCCGUCAGCAAAGAUUGUUAAUGGCAACACAGAAAUCGGGGUUGAGGUAAAGUUCAAAAAUUUUUUGUAUCCUGUCCUGAUUAUGCCAAACCAAAUUAAAGAACUUACGGAAGUAUCGGUGGAGGAGGAUAAAAUUAAGGUUGGUGCUGCUGUUACUCUUUCCGAGAUGGAAAAAGCCCUUCUUCAACAGAUGAAAACUGUGCCAUCUGAAAAAACAAGGAUCUUUGAGGCCAUCACAGAUAUGCUGCAUUGGUUUGCUGGAAAACAAAUACGAAACACUGGGACUGUCGGAGGAAACAUCAUGACAGGGAGCCCUAUUUCAGAUCUGAAUCCUAUAUUUAUGGCAGGUGGAUGUGAGCUCGAACUGAUUAGCAAAGAUAAUGGAAGACGGACAGUUCCUAUGGAUCACAAUUUCUGGACUGGCUAUAGGAGGAAUAUAGUCAAAGAAGAUGAAAUUUUAUUGGCUAUUUUCAUCCCUUUCACUGAAAAGAAUCAAUAUUUCAAAGCCUAUAAACAGGCUAAGAGAAGAGAUGACGAUAUUGCAAUCGUAAACGCUGCGUUCAAUGUCACUUUAAAUGGGAACAAAAUAACUAACAUCAAUAUUUCCUAUGGUGGUAUGGCACCAACUACAAUCUUAACAAAGAAAACAGCAUCAUUGUUAAUUGGAAAGGAAUGGAAUGAAUCAAUGCUAAAUGAAGCUUAUGAAUCGCUAAUGUUGGAAUUGCCCUUAAGUCCCGAAGCACCUGGCGGAAUGAUUUCUUACAGAAGAUCACUGACUCUAAGCUUAUUCUUCAAAUUCUAUCUAUACUUGAGCCAAAUACUUGAAGAAAAUGGUUUUUCGAACAAGUUACCUACUAACUAUCUCAGCGGAAAAGACCAAUUUCAUUCUCUGAUUCCUCAAAGCUCACAAUAUUUUACUAAGGUACCAUCAGAACAAAAGAAAAGUGACAUGGUUGGCCGACCAAUGGUUCAUAAAUCCGCUUUUAAACAAGCAACAGGUGAAGCAAUUUACUGUGACGAUAUUCCAAAAUUUGAGAACGAGUGUUUUCUCAAUUUUGUACUUAGUACCCGCCCUCAUGCUAAAGUAGUUUCUGUGGACGCCACCGAAGCUUUAGCGUUACCAGGAGUUAUUUCCUUCAUAUCUGCUAAAGAUAUUCCUCCUGAGCACAAUUUAUUUGGACCAAUCUUCCACGAUGAAGAAAUAUUUGCUUCUGAAAAGGUUGUGACCAAUGGACAGGCUAUCGGAGCAAUAAUAGCCGAUGAUCCGUUGACGGCGAGAAGGGCGUCAAAACUUGUUAAAAUUGAGUAUGAGGAUCUAGAACCUGUCAUUAUAUCCAUCGAGGAUGCUAUCAGAGAAGGAUCGUUCUUCAAUAAGGUUCCGAAACUUCUAAAAAAAGGAAAUGUUGAAGAAGCUUUUGAAACAGCCGAAAAUAUUAUUGAAGGAGAAGUUCGUGUUGGAGGUCAAGAGCAUUUCUACCUGGAAACGCAAGCUUGUAUAGCUGUUCCUAAAUAUGAAGAUGAUGAGAUGGAAUUGUAUUGUUCGACACAAAAUCCUACUGAAAUACAGCACCUGGUAGGCCACACUCUUGGUAUCCCUAGCAACAGGAUUGUGUGCAAGGUGAAGAGAAUGGGCGGAGGAUUUGGUGGCAAAGAGUCUCGGGCACCUCUCUUGGCCCUCCCCGUUGCUAUAGCAGCCAAAAAACUGAAGAGGCCGGUCAGGGCCAUGUUGGAUCGAGAUGAGGAUAUGGUUACCACCGGGCAAAGACAUCCAUUCUUAGGAAAAUAUAAAGUAGCCUUCACUAAAGAAGGAAAAUUAAUUGGCUGUGAAAUGAAACUGUAUAAUAAUGGUGGUUGUUCUAUAGACUUAUCUACUUCGAUUCUCGAUAGAGCGAUGUUUCACUUUGUAAAUUCUUAUUACAUCCCUAAUGUAGCUUGCUAUGGAUAUAGCUGUAAAACGAAUCUUAGCUCGAAUACCGCCUUCCGAGGUUUUGGAGGCCCGCAAGGCAUGUUUAUAGGUGAAACCAUGAUGACGCAUAUUGCUGAAACCUUGGGAAAAGAUGUCGAUGCAGUUAGAGAAAUCAACUUGUAUAAAGAAGGUGAUUUAACCCAUUUCAAUCAAGAAUUAACUUAUUGCAAUGUUCGACGUUGCUGGGAACAAUGUUAUGAAGACUUUUCUUAUAAAGCAAGGAAAGAAGAAGCUGAAAAGUUUAAUAGGUGCAAUAGAUGGAGGAAACGUGGUAUCGCAAUCGUGCCUACAAUGUUUGGGAUUUCCUUCACUACUUUGUUCCUGAAUCAAGGUGCCGCACUUGUUUUAGUGUAUACCGAUGGGUCGGUUCUACUCUCGCACGGUGGUACCGAAAUGGGGCAAGGUCUUCAUACUAAGAUGAUUCAGGUUGCUAGUAGAGCACUUGGUAUCAAUGAUAGUUACUUCCAUAUAUCGGAAACAUCUACCGAUAAAGUGCCAAAUACUUCACCAACUGCGGCGAGUGCUGGUUCUGAUUUAAAUGGAAUGGCUGUUCUGGCUGCUUGUGACAUUAUCAAUGAAAGAUUAAAACCGAUAAAAGAAGCAAAUCCUAAAGGAUCUUGGGAAGAUUGGGUGAAAUCUGCAUAUUUCGCUAGGAUCUCCCUCGCAGCGAGUGGUUUUUACAAAACACCAGAUAUCGGCUAUGACAUGAGUAAAAAUUCAGGAAUGGUUUUCAACUACUUCACGUUUGGCGCUGCCUGUGCUGAAGUUGAGAUUGAUUGUUUGACUGGAGAUCAUCAAGUGCUUAAAUCCGAAAUAGUGAUGGACUUGGGAGAAAGCUUGAACCCCGCGAUCGACAUAGGCCAGAUCGAAGGUGCCUUCGUGCAGGGCUACGGCUUGUUCACUCUCGAAGAGUCUAUUUACUCUCCGAAGGGCGUGCUGUACUCGAGAGGUCCCGGAAUGUACAAGAUCCCUGGAUUCGCAGAUAUCCCGGCAGAAUUCAAUGUCUCUCUUCUGAAAGGUGCUCCUAAUCCUCGUGCCAUCUAUUCCUCAAAGGCAGUUGGUGAGCCUCCGUUGUUCUUAUCUUCUUCCGUAUUCUUUGCUAUAAGAGACGCCAUUAAGGCUGCAAGAAGCGAAUCAGGCCUCGAAGGAUAUUUCAGACUAGACUCUCCUGCGACUGCGGCCAAGAUCAGGAUGGCUUGUGUCGACGAAAUCACAAAUAAGUUCCCGGAACCUAAGCACAAAUACGUACCAUGGAAUGUUACUGUUUAAGGUGGCAUGCAAAGGAACAUAAUUUUUUUCUUAAUUUCAUUCAUAAAAGAUCCUGUAAGGGAUAAACCAUUCAUUAUCCCACUAUUUAAUUAUUAAUUUUUCCUAAAAAUGGUGCUUGUAGUGUAAUUCUCCAUAAGACUGAAAAACAAAAUUAAAUUUGAAAAUAUUUUGGUUUUUAGUCAUAUUAAUUUUUAAGAAGCUUGCUCAAUUUACUAAUAAUUUUCUUUCCUACACACUAGAUAUGAGUAUUUUUUAUUGUGAAAUAUAGUUUAAAAUAUGUAUUUUUAUCUGUAUUUACUGUUAUACAUAACCCAAUGUGCCAUUAAAAAUUAAAAUUAAUUAUAAAAGUUAUAAUUUUUUCAUUAAUAUUACAGUUGAGAUUAUUUAAUAGUUAAAUAUUCAUGUAAAAAAUGAAAAUUAAUAUACUUAUUAAAUGUAAUUUUUUAAAAAUAAAUAUUAUGUUAUUACUUUGCUUUA